GCUGCUAGCUUGGCCGAUGAUCAGCAGCUAACAACUGUAGCUGUCUAGGUUGUGAAUAGUGGCAGUCGGGCUGUGACUGAGACAGUUGACGAUUUGAGACUUGAGCACCUGUAGAGGAAGAUGAGGCUGAAGGAGAUCCAGAGGACUGCCCACCAGGCGUGGAGUCCAGCCGGGCACCAUCCUAUCCACCUGGCCUUAGGCACAUCAGCACAGCAGCUGGAUGCCUCUUUCAACACCACAGCUGCCCUGGAGAUAUUUGAGGUGGAUUUUUCUGAUCCCUCUCUGGACAUGCAGCUUAAAGGGUCAUUACCCACCUCAAACAGGUUGCACAGUAUCGUAUGGGUGAAUUUUGGAAUGGGAGAAGAUGGUAUAGGAGGGAGACUGGUCGGUGGCAGUGAAAAUGGCACAUUAACUGUAUAUAACCCAGAGGCCAUAAUUAACUCUGGAGCUGAGACAAUAGUGGGACAGUCUGACAAACACACAGGACCCGUCCGAGCACUUGAUUUCAACCCUUUUCAGAGUAAUCUCCUCGCAUCAGGAGCCAAUGAUUCAGAGAUUUAUAUCUGGGAUCUCAACAACUUCAGCAGUCCGAUGACACCAGGAGCAAAGACACAGCCCGCUGAAGACGUCAGUGUCGUGUCCUGGAACCGGCAGGUCCAGCACAUCCUGGCCUCUGCUAACCCCAGCGGGAAGGCAGUUGUGUGGGACUUAAGAAAGAACGAGCCCAUCAUCAAGAUUAGUGACCACAGCAACAGGAUGCACUGUUCAGGGAUGCUCUGGCACCCUGAGGUCGCCACUCAGUUGGUGUUGGCCUCUGAAGACGACCGCCUGCCAGUCCUCCAGAUGUGGGACCUUCGUUUUGCCACAUCACCCCUUAAAGUCUUUGAGAAUCACACAAGGGGAAUUCUGUCCAUAUCGUGGAGCCAAGCUGACCCAGAGCUCCUACUGAGUAGUGCUAAAGACAACCGGAUCCUCUGCUGGAACCCAAACACUGCAGAGGUCAUCUAUGAGCUUCCAACAACGAACCAGUGGUGUUUUGAUGUCCAGUGGUGUCCCAGGAAUCCAGCUUUGCUUUCAGCUGCCUCGUUUGAUGGGAGAAUCACUGUUUACUCUGUGAUGGGAGGGAGCUUGAAGGCUCAGGAGCAAAGCGCCGCUGAUAAGAUAUCCUCCUCAUUUGAUUCAAUGGAUCCCUUUGGUACAGGGCAGGUGCUCCCUCCCCUGCAAGUUCCUCAGCCUACAGUGCAGGACACCAUAGUUCCCCCUCUGAAGAAGCCACCUAAGUGGGUGCGCAGGCCAGUGGGGGCUUCCUUUGCUUUUGGUGGGAAACUCAUAACCUUUGAGAAUCCCAAGAUGCCUCCAGUGCAGAGCCCCCAGCCCGUCCCCAGGCAAGUGUUUGUGAGCCAGGUUACCACGGAGACAGAGUUCCUCCAGCGCUCCAGGGAGCUGCAGGCGGCGCUGCAGUCGGGUACUUUCAACAACUACUGUCAGGCCAAGAUUCAGCACGCCACGUCAGACGCUGAGCAGGACAUAUGGAAGUUCCUUCUGGUUAAUUUUGAGGAUGAAGCUCGCAUUAAAUUCCUCAGACUGUUGGGUUUCAGUAAAGAUGAAUUGGAGAAAAAGAUUUCAAAAUGCCUGGGGAAGAAUUUUCAACCCAAUGGACAUGCAGUUGAUGCUGAAGACUUGGCAAAAAAGAUGCUGCAACUCUCCACUGAGAGGUCUGAUGAAGCAGCUUCAGUUGGUGACGCCAGAACAUCAGGUUCUGUUUCCCCGGCAGACUUUUUCAGUCAAACUCCAAAGGAAAACACCAACUUCCAGAUCCCUGUGUCAUGUGAUACUGAUGGUUUGAUAAGCCAGGCUCUGCUGGUCGGUAACUUUGAGGGAGCUGUGGAUCUGUGUCUUAACGACGGUCGCUAUGCUGAAGCCAUCCUGCUUGCUAUCAGUGGAGGAGAAGAGCUGCUCAAGAAGACUCAGCAAAAAUAUCUAAGCAAGCAAAAGAACAGCAUUUCAGUGCUCAUAUCAUCAGUGGUGACUCAGAACUGGAGGGACAUUGUCCAGAGCUGUGAGCUUGACAAUUGGAAAGAGGCCCUCGCUGCUCUGCUAACCUAUGCCCAUCCUGAAGACUUUGCCCGGCUUUGUGAUACCUUGGGAGGCAGGUUGGAGCUAGAGGGGACAGAGAAGCGCUGCCUUCAAGCCUGUCUGUGUUACAUAUGCUCUGGGAACAUCGAGAAGUUAGUGGAGUGCUGGGCCUUGCAUAGAGAUUGCUCCUCCCCUCUUGGUCUCGAGGAUCUGGUUGAGAAAGUAAUGAUGCUGCGUAAGUCAAUUGAACGUCUCCGCAACAGCGAGGUGGCAGUCCAGAGCCCCAUCCUGGCUGAGAAGCUAACCUGCUAUGCUGGUAUCCUGGCUGCAGAGGGCAGUCUGUCCACUGCUAUGACCUACCUGCCCGAGAACUCGGACCAACCUGGGAUCAUGAUGUUGAGAAACAGGCUGUUCCACGCUCAGGGAGAGGCUGCCACUGGACAGCAGCCUCCAAACUCUUUCAACAGAGUCAAUGUGUCCACAGCCAAGCCUGCUCCUGCUGCUCAGACUCAUGCACCAAAAGCACAAAUUAUGGGUCAGUACCAGCCUUCUGCUCCUUCCCAGGCGGCUACACAACCGCAGCCUCCUCUGCCAUCACUUUUUAACCCUCAAGCUGCUCCAACCAACACCGGGCCUGGCUUGCCACCUUCUUCUCAUGUACUGCCGCCCAGUGUGACUCGCCCUGCCAUGAGGCCUUCCUACCCCCAACAUCCUGCUCCUGCUCCAGGUUUCCUUCCGCAUCAGCCAUUCCAGCCUCAGCCUGUGCCCAUUGGCGGACCUUCAGCCUUCUCUCCUCCAGGUCCCACCAUGCCAGGGGCUAAUUUAUCUGGACCUGUUCUACAGCCCCCUUCAUCGAACCCUGGAGGCGCACCCCCAUUGCCCAGCCCCGGGGUUCCACCGACAAGCUUCAUGCCAUCUACCUCUAUGCCAUCAGGCCCUUUGCCACCCAGCUCCCAGCCAGGAGCCCCAGUUCCCAUGUACCCAGGGAGCCUCCACAACCAGGGGCCUGCACCCCCCAUGGCUGGUCCCUAUGCUCCUAUGGGAACAGGCUAUCCACAGGGAGGCCCUGGAGCUCCUGCUGUGAAGCCCUUUGGGGCCUCUGCUGUCGCUCCUCCUCCUACAGGACCUCAAGAAGGAUGGAAUGACCCACCAGCAGUACGAGGUGGACCCAGGAAGAAGAAGGUCCCUGAUAACUACACUCCACCAGCUCCCAUCACUGCUCCUGUGAUGGGAUUCCCCGUGGAGGCCCCUCAGCCACACGAGCACGCCCAAGUCCCCCCCGGAGCCCCUCAGGAGCCCAGUGUGCAGCUCCUUCAGCAGCUGCCAGCAGAGCGGGUGGAGCAGAAAGAAAUCCCCGCUGAGCACAUGGUCCUCAAAUCCACCUUUGACAGCCUGGUGCAGCGCUGCCAGCUAGCAGCAGGAGAUCCACAAACAAAAAGGAAACUUGAUGAUGCAGCCAAACGUUUGGGAUACCUGUAUGACAAGCUGAGAGAGCAGUCGCUCUCCCACAACAUCCUUAACGGGCUCCACGAGAUCGGCCGUUGCGUGGCGAGCCAGAACUACCAGCGGGGUCUGGAGGUCCACACCCAUGUGGUCAGCAGCAGCAACUUCAGCGAGAUCUCCGCCUUCAUGCCCAUCCUCAAAGUGGUCAUGACCAUCGCCAACAAGCUGGGUGUCUAACCCUGGAGACACCGCCCACCAGACUUCAGUGUUAUCAUAUUGUUAUAUAUGUAUUUAUUUCUCUCUCUCUUUUUUUUUUUUUUUUUUGACAUAAUGACGUGCUUUGAUAAUAAGAAUAAUUACAGAUGAUAUUGCUGAUUGUAGUCUCCAUCACUCCAUACAUAUUCCUUCCUAAGGAUUUGGCUGAUUUGGGCAGCAAGGUGGAUGUUUUUGUAGAGAUUUGUCGAUGUUGCUGUGGUGAUUUUACGAUAAGAUGAAUGUAUUCUGAAAGUUGUGAUUCUGUGUAAAUUCAACAGUUGAUGUAAUAUAAAAAGAGUCAAAUGCUGCAAAGUUUGAAUUAAGGUUGUGCGGUCGUACAAGUCGGUACAUUUUUGUCGUCCGUAUGACACCACUACAUAUUUCUUCCCUGGCAUCAGCAGACAUUGAACCCCUAUAGAUACAUUAUUUUGAUUUAAUGCAAACAGUGCUCCAUCUGCAGAAACUAAACAUCUGGGACUAUCAGCUUCUACAUCCUAAAAAGUAGGGGUGAAAAAAAAAUUGUGACAAUAAAACUUCGGGGGUGCACUUCACAUCCGUCUAUCAGAGUACUUUGUACACGGGAGAAAUGACUGAUAUUCUGAUAUUUCAUGACAAACAUCGAGAACAUUUGAAACACUGUAACAUACUGUAAGUACUGAUUGUGCUCUUCAUCUGCUGUAAACUGAUUGUGUCCAGUGAAUUGUGCCAUGAGGGUUUUUGGGCCAAAGCACUGCAGAAGAAUGUCAUACAGUGAUUGUCAAGUUGCUGUUUUUUUUUUCUCUUCCCCAUUUUAUGUUAACUUAACCCCCAUUAGCACUGAGACUAUGAAUGACUGAGUCUUAACCUUCGAACUUGCUUCUGUGUGCAUGUUUCUUAUGUGAACUCUUUAACUGACUGCUGAGCUCACAUGGCAGCUCUUAAACAAAAAUUAUAUUAAUUUAUGUUGAACUGCAAAUGAUUUGAAAUAUGCAUCCUCUGUGUUAGCCUCUCCCUCUGUUUAAAGAUGCUUUAACUCAUCUUUCCACCCAGGCUUCAUCCUCUCCUUUUCUAACUCGGAAUUGCGUUGUUGUUUUUUUUAAAAGUCAUACUUGUUUUAGAUUAGAUCAUACAAUUAUACCAACUUAUAUGAACUGAUGAAUGAAAAAAAAUAUGAUAUACUGAGGUUUGUAGCUGGACAUUAAGCUGGAUAGUUUGGUGUAUCAUGGCAGCAGAAGGCAGUAAAGUGCCUCAGUGUGCUCAUUUUGGUUGCACAGAUAUUUAUACAAUCCAUGUUGCUUUACUCAUUUCAGUAUCUUUUUUUCAAAUAAAAAUUCACUUCUAAAGUU